AUGUCCGAAAAAGCAACCUACACGCACGGCCACCACGCCUCAGUCCUGCGCUCGCACGGGCAACGCACAGCCCUCAACUCCGCCAAAUUCCUGCUCGCACAUCUAGAACCACACAUGAAGAUUCUAGACAUCGGCUGCGGACCCGGCACAAUCACCGCAGACCUCGCAACGUACGUCCCCGAGGGCCAUGUCACAGGACUAGACAUGGUCGGGGACGUUCUCCCCGGGGCGCAGAAACUCGCUGCAUCGCGGGGCAUUACGAACAUCGACUUUGUAACUGGCGAUGCGAAUGCCCUGGCUUUUGAGGAUGGGGUCUUUGAUGUUGUGUUUUGUCACCAGGUCCUGCAGCAUGUUCGGGAUCCUGUUGCGGUGUUGAAGGAGAUGAAGCGUGUUUGUCGACAGGGCGGGAUUGUGGCGGCGCGAGAGGCGGAUUAUGCUGCGUUCAUGUGGUAUCCUGAAUUGGCUGGGUUGAGGAAGUGGCAGGUUCUGUAUGACCAGGUUGCGAGGAAGAAUGGGGGCGAGCCGAAUGCGGGGCGGCAUUUGCAUGUGUGGGCAAGGGAGACUGGGUUCGGUGAGGUGGAGAGUACGGUGAGUUCGUGGUGUUUUGCGAAGCCCGAGGAGAUCAAGUGGUGGAGUGAGACGUGGCAGGAGAGGGUCGUCAAGUCGGCGUUUGCGAAGGGGGCGGUUGAGAACGGACUGGCCAGUGUGCAGGAACUGGAGGAGAUAUCGGAGGUCUGGAGGCAGUGGGGGCAGGAUGAGGAUGCAGCUUGGUUCUCGAUUCCCAGUGCUGAGAUUGUGUGUCGCAAGUAG